CGUCUGAAAGGAUAAAGAAGAAAGAAAAGAGCAACACACACAACACCCACCCAACUUCUCUCUCUCUCUCUCUCUCUCUCUCUCUGUGUCUUGCUUUGUAGCCACGUUAGUAGUCCUCCUCUUCCAGCAACGCCAUGGCAUCACUGUUAGAGGUGGUAGUGGUGGUGGCGAUGCCAGUCCUCUUCCUGAUGGAUCUGUCUCUCUCCACCAACAACAGUGGCAGAGUUGAAGCCACAUGGUGCAUGACGAAAAGCGACGCCAGCGACCAGGCUCUGCAGACGGCACUGGACUAUGCGUGCGGCGCCAGAGCAGACUGCGCGCCGAUUCAGUCGUCAGGGCUGUGCUACCUUCCAAACACGCUUCAGUCCCACGUUUCCUAUGCUUUUAACAGCUACUACCAGCGCAGGGGCAAUGCCCCUGGCAGCUGCGACUUCUCCGACACCGCCACCGUCACCAGAACUGACCCCAGUUAUGGAUUUGUGAAGUUCAAUGCCUAUGCAGCAGCUAGAACUUUAUAUCCACCUCCAGCAAAAGCACAGUGCUGAUCUGUUCAUGCGUGUUCACUUUGCCAAGGAAAAUACAAGCAGGUUACUCCUACCACAAGUCAAAGUGUAGGACAGCGGCAACAUGGGGUGAUUGCCAGAUCAACUCUGCUAAGACCUGGGGUCCGCUGGCAUGUGAGUUGGCACGACAUGCUGUAGUUCUUAAAGUUAAUGAUUGGGUCUUCUUUCAUGGUGACCUUCUCCCUCAUCAUGUCACCUUUGGUAUAGAGAGGAUGAAUAGGGAAGUAUCUAAUUGGAUGGGAGGUCUCAAUGAGAGAGACGAUAGUCCAAAAACCUUCUUUAUAGCCACUAAGGGUUAUAAUAGUGUUGUUUGGAAUCAUUUGUACUCAAGAGACAUAUCUGAUCUAAAUGGACAUCAGAUUAAUCAGAUUCAAUCCAUUCUUGAGGGGUCAGUGCAAGUUUUAGGUGCUAAAGCAAUGUGGUGGGGAAACUACAGGAGCCAAUCGUACAUACAAUUGUAGCGUGUGGCAUAUUGAUGUCGGCAUGUCUAGUGGAGUUCUUAAUUCACAACUAGGAGUUCUAGGAAUAAGAGUCACGAAAGCACGGGUGAU